AUGGGUGCGGAGCAGCCGCGAGCAAGCGAACUGGCGGGCCCCAGUCGUCAACUCUUCAUUACCGGCCAACCAGAAUACCUAGGCCAAAUAUUGGCCUCCCUUGCCGUUUCUCUAGGACCAUUGGCCUCAGGGCUGGGUAAGGGCUACAGUUCCCCGGCCAUUGCUUCGUUACAGCAACGAGAAUCAGACGCUUUUAGCGUUAAUGGUCAGCAAGCCAGCUGGCUAGCAUCUUUGAGCCUUCUAGGAGCACUAUUCGGAGCCCCAUGCGGAGGGUUAGCCGUCAAAUGGGGUAGGAAGAGGACCUUGUUGAUUGCUGGGUUUCCCUUGUCGUUGUGUUGGAUCAUGACGGUAUUUGCCGUAAGCAUUGAGGUGAUGUGUUUUGCUGCCUUCAUCAGUGGUUUUCUCGUGGCUAUAAUCCAACUGGCAGCCCAAGUCUACGUCAGUGAAAUAGCAGCCCCGUCAAUCAGAGGAGGACUGAGCGCGCUCCUAAAAAUCUCCGGCCACGUCGGCGUGCUAGUCUCUUCGGCUGCAGGCGCUUUCCUCGACUGGAGACAACUGGCAGGCCUCAUAUUCUUCGCCACAACUACCAUGGUUCUGGCUAUGUGGCGAAUCCCAGAAAGCCCUGGUUGGUUAGUACUUCAGGGGCAAGAUCUUGAGGCGGAAAAGGCUUUGAGAUGGUUAAGAGGCGAUAACGCCGAUCUCCAAUUAGAGUUAUCGCUUCUACAAGCUCACGUGAUAUCGAGGAAGAUUCCCACUAACCCCAGACUAUUUCUUCAAGUUUUAAGGACACCGGCAUUGAUUACAUGCGGCUUAAUGUUCUUUCAACGAUUUUCUGGGGCAAACGCUUUUAACUUUUAUGUUGUCAUGGUGUUCAAGGAGACUUUCGGAGGAACUAACCCUCAUAGUGCUGCAGUUGCAGUUGCGAUAGUUCAACUACUCUCGUCUUUACUUUCCGGUCUUCUAGUAGACAGCGCUGGAAGGUUACCUCUAUUAGUAGCCUCUAGCGUGUUAAUGUCUUUGGCUUUAGCUUCUUUUGGAUCUUUCGCAUACUACGAGGACGCGAGUUCUAUUUCAGUACCUAACCUAGACUGGAUUCCUCUUCUGUGUGCUCUAGUGUUCACCGUAGCAUUUUCCUUGGGCAUUAGCCCAAUAUCUUGGUUACUAGUCAGCGAAUUGUUCUCCUUAGAACACCGAGGGCUAGGCACAGCGCUAGCAACUUGUUUCAGUUAUUUUUGUGCUUUCGUCAGCGUAAAGACCUUUAUAGAUUUCCAAGAGCUCUUAGGGUUAUGUGGAGCUUUCUGGUUAUACGCUUUUAUUUCAGUUUGUGGACUUUGCUUUGUUGUCUGUUGCGUACCAGAAACCAGAGGUCGAGAUUUGACAGAUAUUGACACAGGAAGCUGA